AUGCUCACAUCUGCUCGUCGGCUGGGUGUCCGCCGCGCGCAGUCGUUUGGCUAUGGCGACCCUGCUCCCCCAAACAUGCCUGGUAUCGGAGGUGAGCAUCAGCUGUACCCUCCAGAGACAAUGCAGACCACUGUGAAGUACUUCUCGGACAACAUGACCAAUGUCCCGAAGUACAAGGAAAUCAUUGAGGGAAUUGGUUACCCUGGACAGAAGCACUCGGCCGGAGGCCUAUGCACUCUCGGCCGGAUCUACUAUGGGCCUGGCCGUUGCCGUCUCGGAUUUGCUCAGAUAUGCCUUCAUGGAAGCUUUUAG